UCCCUUGACCCAAUUAACUCAGAGAGACAGAGAGAAGCCGGCGGCGGCGGCGGCGGCCAUGGCGGAUGUGAGCAUGGCGGAUGUGAGCAAGGAGAAGCUGCGAAGCAUCCUGGCGCAGGCCGAGGCGGCGGCGAAGAAGAUCCGGGCGCAGCGCGUCCACGUGCUGGCGUUGCAGUUCCUGCUCGCGGACGACCCGCCAAGCGACGCGGCGGGGCUGAAGCGGUUGAAGGGCUUCGUCUCCGGCGUCAUCGACAAGUACCACCACGAGGGCCUCGAGGCCGGCGCCCGCGACCUCACCUGCGUGCUCAACAUGGCGGCGGCGAGCGGCGCGAGCCUCGCGCUCAACUCCUCCUUCCCUGUCAUGUCCGAGGAGCAGCUCUAUGAGGCCCUGCUCGCGCACGCGCAGGAGAUCCCGGCGGGCUCGACGGCCUUCUCCCGGGUCGAGGCCGCCCUCUUCGCCGUCAAGCUCGCCCAGGAGUACCUCCUCCCGCGCUGCGUCGAGCACCUCGCCCAGAUCACCAGCCCGGAUGACACCGCCGGUGAGCCCCCACAGGCCGGCAUCGGCGGCGAGACCGGGCAGCCGGCCGAGGAGAAGGUCCCGCAGGAGUCCGGCGGCAGCCUGGAGCAGGCCAGCGACUACGUCGACCGGGCGCUUAUCCUCGUGAACCUCGCUGUCCAGCACGUCGAUCUCGCCGCCGCCGUCAUGUCCAGCUUCGUCGACCCUGCAGCUGAGGAGGACGACGCCAAAUCCUCGGACGAUUCCGACGAAUUCGUCGUCAUCACUUAGUUCACUUGGGGCACAAUGUCGAUGGCCGGCCAGGAGGAGGACGCGCAUCACCAAUUUCACCUGAUGGAUGGGAGGUCAAGCGAUAUGAAGGGGGCUGGGAUCCUUUUCUCUUGUCUUGUUUGAUUGAAGCCGAAUUCAUAUGAGUCCAUAUUAUAAGUUUAUCUACGAUCUCCAUCUAUGUUUUGUGCAACCUUGCAGUCCAGUUAGGUUAAUCUCGUUUAAUUUCUGGAAAGCCGAGCCUCUAUCUUAUAGCUUCGUUUGAUAUCGUAUCUGCAUCUUAUGUAAUGGACGAUUUAACCAAAUUACUGCAUUCCAAGACUGGGACAUUGGAGAUGUUUCUUUCAAA